CAAAAUCUCUAUAUGAGAAUCAAAUUGUCUUCAUGUCUUCACUAAAUUCAAACAGCUUCACAAACACAGACAAGAUGCUGAUAAUAUUCAUCAAUCUCUUCACUCUUCUCUCAUGUGUCAGUUCAGCUAAAGUUGUCACACAAAAACCCUCAAUACUGACAGAAGAAAAAGGAAAAUCUGUGACUAUGGACUGUAAUAUAGCAGUGGAUGAGGGCAACUAUGUUUACUGGUAUAAACAGUUUCCAAAUGCAGCUCCUCACCGCCGGAGUCAGCCAGCGCAGCUUGCGAAGAGGAGCUGCACGGGCUCUCCUCCCCGCCUGCACGCGGCUGAUCUCGACGAUCGGUUACAUCCAGCCACAGCCGAUGUCGAACACACCUACUAUCAUGGUCAUAGCUCUCCUAACGAGUAUGGUGCCAGUUUUUCAUCCAGCCGUGUCACAUCUAAAGCUCAGUCAAAUAUUGACUAUCAGCUGAUCAUCAGUAAUGUAGAUGUGAGAGAUUCAGCUGUGUAUUAUUGUUACACAUGGGACGGCUCUGUUAAUCUGAAAUCUAUCACUGUGGUAUUCGGACAAGGAACAAAACUCAUUGUGACCGAUUCAGGUGUUUCUCCUCCUGUUGUGAAGAUUUUGCCUCCAUCCAGUGAAGAUGUGAGCUCCAGUAAAGUGACUCUGGUGUGUUUGAUCAAUGACAUGUCUGUGGGAUUUGCUGAUGUGAGUUGGUUUGUGAAUGGAAACUCAGUUACUGAUGGCGUCUUCACCGGAUCUGCUGAACAGCAGCCGAAUGAGAAAUUCAAGUUGAGCAGUUAUUUAACCAUUGAGAGAUCAGAGUGGGAGAAAGACAAAGAUCUCACAUGUAAAGUGACUUCUGCUGGAAAAAUCAUAACCAGAAAGAUCAAGAAAUCUGAAUGCAAUGAAUAAAUGCAUAAAAGUAUAUUGCCUUGUUCUUGUGAUAGUAUUUUUUAGCAAUAGUAUGUACACUGUAAAAAAUCUGUAGAAAUUACAGAAUUACUGGGUAUGGCAACUAGCUGCCAGUAACUUACCGUAGAUUUUACAUUUAUGUUAUUUACUGGCAACAUUUUUAGACUUUAUCUUCUACAGUAAGUUACUGGCAACCAGCUGCAAAAUUACAGCAAUUUUUUUACAGUGUAGUAGAAAACAAAUUAUAGGCAAUAUUAAAAAAUUGAUCCGAGUAGCAUAAUUUCCUUGACAAUAUGUUCUCUCUUUGAAAAAAAUGUGGGAAUUUCUUCAUAAAUUAUCCUUGUACAUUAUUGUGCUUUUUGAUCUGAAA